UUCUAUCAAGCUAAGCAACACAAUUUUUUAACGUUACCAGUCAGAGUUCCACUAUCAUAUUACGAUGGACAAGGAUUCUUGCCAAAAUUUCUCAUUAGACUCUACGUCCAGUUCGCAAUUCGCUCUUCCGCCAGUUUGCAAUCCCAAAAGAAAGAAACCGGAGAAGCCCGAAGUUGAAGAGAGUUCUCCACAGUGCUCCAAUGUUAUCACAUCGUCAUCCUCGUCCUCGACAUCCACCAUAUCAGUUGGCGCCUUUGAUUCGGAAUGUAGGCUCCAUGAUGCACCGGUUCCCGAAGCCCCGAAUAUCGGCUAUGAAUUGAACGUGGCCAAGUCAAUAUUACAGAAGUAUAGUACUCUCAGUGGGGAUAACUUAUUUGAUCACCUAAGCGAUAUUAUAAAAAGGGUGAUUGACGAGCGUCCACCCAAUGUGAUAGACUUCUUCGAAGAAUUCAGCAGAAACGUCCGCGAACAAAAGUUCCAUUUACCAGAACGUUUUCCUCCAAGUGGGGUUUUCGAUGAAGUUCGUCAUUUCCGGGUGGCCAAGAAAAUUCUCCAAUCCAUGAAGCUGCCCUACAAUAUUGAAGGCGAGGACUUGAUGGGUGAAGAUUUAUCCGGUGAGGAUAUAAGGACAAAUGAAGAACUGCAUAUUGUUAUUGACGAUUCCAUGCGAUAUUUCGUUACUUUCAACGAACGAGUCCAACAACUGCAGUUCUACUGGACACAAUGCGGAUUCAGCAUCUGCAACGAUGACAUCUUUCAGUUGGCCAGUGCCAUGAACCGACUGCAGACGCAUCCCUCGAUAAUGCAGUGCAGAUUUUGGGGAUGCAUCAAUGGACUGAAGGCCUCCUACUAUAUAGUUGAGGCCUCACUGACCCGUGAGGAGAUAGCCUCUCGCCUGAUCAUGAUGGAGGAAGAGAUGCGGGAGAAGCAAGUUCCCCUGCAGAUGCGUAAGGACAGGGAGGAUAAGCCUUUGCCACCGCACAUUGGUCCGGAACUCACGCCGGGAAUAUAUGGAUGGGAAGAGUUUCCGCCAGAAGAGCUGGAGAAAAUGAGACCCAAGGCUGCCGCCGUUCCUUUGGUUGAGGAAAUCGAGUUCUACGAUAUUCCACCAGAAUUGAUUGGUCAGGGAUCCAAUAGGUACUCCUACUUCGUUGUGAACUCGCUCUUUGACGAUUGGAUUGAGUUGCCCAUCGUGACGCCACGGCAGAUUGCAGUGUCCAGGCAGAUCAAAAAGUUCCUUACCGGCGACCUGGAAGCGGACGUAAUAUCUUACCCAUGCUUUCCCGGAAAGGAGAAGCAUUACCUAAGGACCUUGAUAGGUCGUAUCACUGCUGGUACCUAUAUUGCACCGGUGGGUUACUACAGGCGGAUGACCAAAAAGGAGAAGCGGCUGUUCGAUGGCGAGGAAGACGAUGAAGGCGAGGAGGAGGAGGAAGAAGAAGAGGAGGAGGAGAUCAAUGAGGGUGAAGAGGAGGAAAUAGAAGAUAACGACGUAAUACUCUUGAAGAACGAGAAAUACGAGGCAGAACCACUAGGAUCUCUGGCCACUCCCGUAGCCUGGGUUCAUGUACGUUCGAAUAUCCUUAACCAGCAGGGCCGAGUCGUUUGGUACGACGAGGAGAAGGCCCGCAAGGAAAGAGAGAAGGCCCUCGCUCUCUACUUGAAAAUGCAAAUGAUGGGCGAGAUGGAAGAGGAGCUGGAGGAAGAGGAGGAGGAGGAGGAAGGCGAGGAAGAGGGCGAGGAGGAGGGUAUGAUCGAGGGCUUCAAUCAACCCGAAAUAGGUCCCAGUAUCCUGUCCUCGUGUGCCAAUGAUAUGAACCCUGAGGUACCGGUUCCUUGGCUAGUCCGCUUGACCAGCAAGUAUACAAAUCAAAAGGAGCGAAUGCUUCUGAUGCAAUCGAACAUCUGGCCGGGUGCCUAUACCUUUAUCUUUGAGAAGACCUGCGAAUCGAUAUACUUGGGCUGGGGCCACAAGUACUACGCCCGCAACAUCCCCUUCAAGCAUUUGCCAAUGGUGCAGGAGGAGUAUCCACACGAUGCCGAGGACUUUAUAGAGGCCAGUGAUCCAACCGUUGAGGAGGAGGAGGCCUACAAGGCUUGGCUUCUGAGGAAACAACAGAAGGCGGCCUAUGUGGCAGAAGAUAUCGAAGAUUACGAUGAUGACGAGUUUGACGAUCAGUAUGACGGUGACUAGUAAUCCCGUUUUAAAUUUUAUGUUUAUUUUUUCCUUACCAGUUAUGCAAUAAAAUGCACUAUGAGAAUCACUAA